AUGCCAUUAUUGUGGGACAAGACAAUAGAUUCUUACUUAGACCGAAACGAAAGAAGAAAAUGCUGGAAAGACAUAUUUUGUAAAAUGAAACCGCUCAGAUUUGAUGACAUUGAAACAAGAAAUUAUAGAAAGACUACAGACAAAUUAGCACCAAUACGUUCUGUUUUUGACGGAUUUGUAGAACGUUGUCUUGAAUGUUAUUCCGUCGGUGAAAAUUGCACCAUCGAUGAGAUGUUGGAAGGUUUUAGAGGUCGAUGUAGUUUUAGGCAAUAUAUACCGAGCAAGCCGAAUAAAUAUGGGAUAAAGAUACAAGCAUUAGUCGAUUCUAAAACAUAUUACACGUCAAAUAUGGAAGUAUACGUUGGCACCCAACCAGAUGGACCAUUCAAAUGUGAUAAUAGCCCCUCCAGCAUUGUAAAAAGGUUAAUUUCUCCAAUAUCAAAAACAGGACGAAACAUAACUAUGGACAAUUGGUAUACCUCAAUACCUUUGGCCAUUGACUUGCUGGAAAAUCAUAAAUUAACUAUUGUGGGAACCAUCAGGAAAAAUAAACGAGAAAUUCCGAAAUGCUUUCUAGAUACAAAGAAAAGAGAGGUAAAUUCAACUAUAUUCGGUUAUGAGAAAAAUAUUAUUUUAUUAUCCUACGUUCCACGUAAAAACAAAAAUGUUAUGCUAAUAUCUACAAUGCACGAAAAAGGUUUGAUUGAUGACAGUACAGUUGGCAAAAAACCCGAAGUGAUUUUAUACUAUAAUUCAACAAAAUCAGGUGUUGAUGUUGUGGAUGAAAAAAAAGAAGAGUACUCUGUCGCAAGAGUAAGCUGUAGGUGGUCACUUACAGUAUUCUUUUCACUAAUGAAUAUUGCCGGAAUUAACAGCCAGAUAAUAUAUUACGAGAAUACAAAUAAAGUAAUCCCUCGAAGACUUUUUUUGAAAGAAUUAGGGAAAGAACUAACCAAAAAUCACAUGACUAGACGUUUACAAAUUCCUACUUUAUCAUUUACACUUCGCCAAAAUAUUUUGAAAUUGACUGGAUAUAAGUCAAAUGAGGAAACAACAAGUGAUGUAGUAACAAGCCGUACAAAAUGUUUCUUCUGUCCAUCAAGAAAAAAUCGAUUCACAAAAGUAAAAUAA